AUAUUGAGGGGAGAGGCCUUCGAGGAGACGGUAGAUCUGAAGGUUGGGGGGGAGAGUAGUCUGGCGAGCCUCAAGGCGGGAAGCAAGGUCCAGGAGACGGCUGGUGUAGUCAAUGGCGCCAGCACUAUGUUCGAUCGUGAUGCUGAAGUAUUCCUUGAAGAGCGGUCCGACAGCAUCGAAGUCGGUGCGUUCGAACAUUGCCUCAAGCUCGAGCCAGAUCUGGCGGGAGCCGAUGCGACGUGCCUGGAAGUUGCACAUGAGCGCAGACGGGAUGGCAAGGAGAAGGGCACCAGUAGCACGGCUGGUCCUUUCCUUUCAUCCUUCCCUUCCUACCCCACCUUCCAACUGUGCUUCAAUGCCUUUUCUAUCAUGCCUCUGAUCUUGUAAGCUUCAAUUAUAGUGACUCUGAGGACUGUCAACUUCUCCUAGGACAGAUUACCCCCCAGUGCGCCAAACGCCAUAGCUCACUCGUUAAGCUACGGAAUCGAGUGAUUCAACUUUCAGUGGAAAGCUGACGCUGCCAGAUACAACAUAUCCGAUUUUCAGAUCGUUUCACCGAUUGAAGUUUUUGAUAUAGCUA